AUGGCGACACUACCCCUUUCAAAGACACACUUUAUUAGUGGACAACGUAAACCUCAGAAAAGGAAGAGAAUUGUCAUGUCCUGUACCGAAUGCCAUCGGCGCAAGCAAAAGUGUGACCGCCAGUAUCCAUGUUGCAACUGCCUCAAGCGAGGAACGCAGGAUCUUUGCCAAUAUGACGCUGAACCGAAAGGCUGCCAAGCCGCGCGAAGGAGUUCCGGUGAGAUCAAUACCUCGGAAACCAGCUGUAGCACCAAUAUGGUGCAUCUGUGCCCACCUGCUAGACCGGGCCCUGAGUCGGCAAGCGAGUUUCAAGACAAGAUCCGAGGUUUUGGAUACUCUAGCCACGGCAAUCACAACUCCAUGAGCCUAUUACGGACCAUACAGUCGUAUGGAGGUCAGGAUACUAGUUUGUCCAACUCCCCUGCCAUCAACCAGCCUCCUUUCCGAAGCGAUGCAAACCGUAAGUAUAAGGAAUUAGUUCGCCAGCUGCCUCCUCCUGCCUGCAUCGACAUCUUGGUCCAAACGUUUUUCUCCGACAUCAAUUGGCAGUAUGACCUGCUUGACGAGGGAUCGUUUAGGGAGCACCUAGACGCAUGGGGGAAGAUCUCAUACUCUGACCUUCAAGUGGGCUUCGGGAGAUUGGCGCUAGGAACCCUUGUGUUUCCAGCGCUACUGUUUCAAGUCCUCGCACACGCGCUUCUCUUUCACCCUCCUCGUGAUGAAAUGAUCGAUUCUCUCACCAUGGCUGAUAUGACUUUCCACGAUCUUGGGGCCGAAUAUAGCGAUAUAGGUGCCGAGCUACUCGCACUUCUGGGAAAGAAGGAUAUCACAAUCGCCUUGGUACAAGCUGAUUUGUUACGAGCCUCGUUUUUGAAAAGUAGUGGCAAAGUUGUUGAAGCAUGGCAUGCACUUGGGGCAACAAUCCGCGAUGCACAGGAAAUUGGCCUACAUACGGGGCGAAUUGUACCCGAGCAAUCCCCAGUUGGGCCGAAGCGCGAGAAACAAAAUAUCAGUCUCGUUGGUCACAGAAUUUGGGUGGUCUUGCAUAUUUGGGACGUUCACAUGGCUGUCGUUCUCGGUCGACCAAUUGCCACCGAUCUCCAAAUAGAUCGCUUCGCUCGCACUAUAGAGGACGACGAAAGGCGCCGAGAAUUAUUCUCGCAUUGGCAAACCGAGACUGAUCUCCCUCGACCGUUUGAUAUCAUCCUCGCCGGCUAUAAUGUGGCCUAUCGAUAUUUCAAGGACAUUCACCAAAUGGAAUAUAACGGUGCUAACUCCCAAGACUACCCCACCGUGGAACGCAUUCACGUUGCAAUCAAGCAAGGUUCAGAACUUUUACCCUCUUGGUGCCGUCUGGAAGACCCAGAUACGAAGUUUGAUCGAUUACAUGAGUGUCAAUGGCUACCAGUUGCCCGAGAAGGACUGUCCUCACUCAUCCACCUUGUUCUUCUCGCACUUCAUCGACCCUUCAUGUUCUCUGUUGCCAACAGCCGCACAGAAGCCCUCAAAGCUGGAAUAUCCAUUCUUCGUGCACAGGAACGACUAUUUCAACAAUCAGAGCCGCACCAGCGCAAGGUGUUUAAUCCGGUAUACGCUUCCUUCGAUGCGAUUGUUCUCAUUGCAGCACUCUGUCUCGUCUUUCCGAAUGAGGAUCAAGAACGACUAACAGAGUGUAUCAACGUCGUUGAAAGAGGAUUACAAAGGCUGGACAUCAUCGGUCAAUCCAAUUCCAUGGCAAAGUCAGCACAUGAUGUUGUUUGCAGCUUGUACCAUCGCUUAAGACGUCGGCUCAGCAUCUCCGAAACCGAGGAGGACGCUAGAGCAUUUUCCAGCAACUCAGAGUGGACCUUUCCCAACAGCGAUACAGAUCCCUCGAAUGGGGCCCCGUCAGAACUCUCUUUUGAUACCGUUCUACCUCCGCGUCCAACGCAUGACCUGUUCUUUGAUCAAAUUUCAAGUGCACAAGUCCCCUUCAUGGAUACGCCAGACAAUUUGCCCUUGGACCCGCUUAUUGUUAACGCUACAGAUAGUUGGAAUUUUGAAGGCGCCUUCUCAGACGCCAGCUUUUGGAGUUUGAUGAACCAGUUUGAUCAUUGA